UGUCGUGAAAGUUACUCUUAACCACCAAUUUCUUUCAGGGAUUAUUUGUGUGUUGGGGUGGGGACUUGAGAGCCAUUCACUCGAGAGAGGAAGAGAGACAUGAAGACUGCCUUUCUCACCAAGCACUACUCUCUUCAACUCUAAAUCAGAGUAUAUUGACAGGUGGCAAAACAAGAACCAAUGGCUAUGGUGAUGUCAGGUGGCACGAUGCCACUUCACGCCAAUCCUCUUCCUCUAAGUAUCAUCAACACCAAAACAAGAGUCCGGCCUGCAUCAUCCUCGUUUCCGCUAUCCUCACCCGCUCCUCACACCCCUUCCACCUCCCUCUCCAUCCGCUUCAAGCCCUUUCAGCAUGUUUCCCGGUCUCUCUCUGUGGUAUCUUCUCUUCUGUCAGAGGACAGAGCUACUGGAGUUAGUGGCUCCGGGACAGAUGCACUCAAGCUAACAUACUUUGAGGGAAAUAGCUGGCUAUGGGAAACAGGUGGAUUGAAAAUCUUGGUUGAUCCCAUUCUCGUGGGUAAUUUGGAUUUUGGAAUCCCAUGGCUCUAUGAUGCUGCCAAGAGAUUUUUGAAACGCUUCAAGCUUGAUGAUCUCCCUGAAGUUGAUUGCUUGCUCAUCACUCAAAGCCUUGAUGACCAUUGCCAUCUAAAUACCCUCAGGCCGCUUUCCGAGAAAUCUCCAGACGUAAAGGUUAUCGCAACUCCAAAUGCAAAGCCUUUGCUUGAUCCUCUUUUCAGAAAUGUAACUUAUCUGGAACCUGGAGAGACCUACGAGCUAAAUGCAAGAAACGGUUCUAAAGUUCGAGUUAAAGCCACAGCAGGACCUGUCCUCGGUCCACCAUGGCAACGCCCUGAGAACGGGUAUCUUCUUGUAUCACCUGAAGAUCAGAUAUCUCUCUACUACGAACCGCACUGUGUAUGCAACAUGGAACUUCUGAAGAAUGAAAGAGCCGACAUUGUAAUCACACCGGUCAUCAAACAACUUCUCCCACAAUUUACUCUGGUUUCUGGCCAAGAAGACGCUGUCCAGCUAGCCAAAAUCUUAAAAGCCAAGUUUGUUGUGCCGAUGCAAAAUGGCGAUCUUGAUGCAAAGGGGAUUUUAGCAGGUAUUAUAAAGAAAGAAGGAACGAUAGAAUCAUUUAAGGAAUUGUUAUCAAGAGAGCUUCCAAAAGCUCAAGUGUUGGAGCCCAUAGCAGGUGUGCCGCUAGAGAUCUUGCCUCCAACGUCAGACGUUUAGAAUGUAACGGGUAUAUGAACAUGACUCAUGAGGAUACACACACAUGUAAAUAUACUAGGCAUUUUGUUGUUUUAUUUUUCUGUAAUGAACGAUGAUUAUUGUUAGUACUGUGUUGAUUAUUUAUGAUCUUCGUGUUGUGUGUGACAA